AUGGAUGUGCUCGAAUCAAAGCGUCUGAAAGCCGUUCCUGCAAUCGCUCGAUCGCCAAAAGUGGUUCUUAUGAACAAUGGGGUCUCAAGGUAUGUCUUGGUUGACCGCGUAGUAAGCAAAUAUUCUGAUGCUGCUCCAACUCCACCUGACGGAUUCCUUCCGGGCUUGCAUAUUGUUCACCAAAGUCACACUCGCCACUGUGAAGCGCUAGUUGAGUGGCAUUCCGGGUGA